AUGACGCAAACUUUCGACUUUACCAACCAUUCACACAGACGCUACAACCCUUUGAACAAUAGGUAUGUUCUAUGCUCGCCUCACAGAGCCAAGAGACCAUGGCAAGGUGCUAAAGAGGAGAUCAAAAAGACAUUGUUGCCCGAUUACGAUCCAAAGUGUUACUUGUGUCCGGGAAAUAUUAGAGCUACCGGUGAUGUCAACCCUAAAUACGAAACAACAUACAUCUUCCCCAAUGACUACCCUGCAGUGAAAUUGGAUCAGCCUGACUACAAUGGAGAUGAUCAGGAAAAUAAUUUGAAAAAGAAGCUCUUCAAGACACAAGGGGUCAAGGGAAAGUGCUUUGUCAUUUGUUUCUCGCCAAAGCACAAUGUGACAUUACCGUUGAUGUCGAUUGAAGAGCUAACAACAGUGGUGAAUACUUGGCAAACUUUAUACAACGAUCUUUUGUUGGAGUCUGAGCAAAAGACCGCACCAUACAAGUAUUUGCAGAUUUUUGAAAACAAAGGUUUCGCGAUGGGAUGCUCUAAUCCACAUCCUCACGGCCAAGCUUGGUGUUUAGACGUGGUACCUACGGAGGUUGAAGAUGAGCUUAAUAAUAUGGAAAAAUACUACAAGGAAAACAACUCGCAUUUGUUGGGCGAUUAUGUUCACUUGGAGAUGCAGGAAAAGGUUAGAACCGUUGCCCAAAAUGAUUCUUUUAUUGUUGUUGUACCUUAUUGGGCAUUGUGGCCUUUUGAAACGUUACUAAUUUCGAAAGAGCACUUGAGAUCCUUGAGAGAUUUCAAUGACAAGCACAAACACGAUUUGGCUUCAAUUUUGAAAGUUUUGACGACAAAGUAUGACAAUUUGUUCAACACAUCAUUCCCGUAUUCUAUGGGUAUCCAUCAAGACCCAUUUGAGUGCUCGGAUGAGCACCACAAGUGUGCUUGGUUCCACAUGCAUUUUUACCCACCAUUGUUGAGAUCGGCAACGGUUAAGAAGUUUUGUGUUGGGUUUGAAAUGUUAGGAGAGGCACAAAGAGACUUGACUAGCGAGCAAGCUGCUGCCAGAUUACAGGAAUUAGAUAGCGAUAGACACUAUAUGGAGAAGACAGAGUAG